CGCGACGGUCCGUCAUCGACUCAUUUAACUGCCACUUCGUGCACACCCCGCCCACAAUUCGCCAUGCUUCCUCCAGUCGACCACAGCAUCUUGCAAGCCAAUCCAGAGUUUGCGGCACUAUAUACCAAAUUAACAACCGCGGUGCUCAACCCUGAUGGUUCUACCAAGAGUGGGCCGGCGACAAAAGAGCGCCGAGCGGUGACGGAGGAGUUGAACGAGUAUCGACUUCGAGCUGCUAAACAACAUCUUCUUAAACAUGCAAUAUCAAAUGCGAACCCGCAGUCCUUACAGACCCAACAUGCGCCCGUGCCCUCUUUAUCCAAAUCACGACCACGGCCGCAGCAGCAAGAGACCCCGGCGUCGGUAGAUCUUCCAGCGCCGCUCCUCGACCUCCUCCUUCUCCUCCCUACGCUUCUCGAUGCACCAUCAGACUUAUCGCACGAAUCUGUGACGUUGCUACUCUCCAAUCCGCCUCUUUCCGACUUCCCCACGCACCUGCCGCAACUUGCAAGGCUGGUCUCCUCCACGCUGCACGCUUCGGCCGUGCACCUCGCACGAAUAGCCAACCCCACGACGAACCCGUCCUUCGUCCACCGCUCCAUACCCGCCCUACCGACCUAUGCCGCCUCACUGGCGUCUACCGUUGCGGACCGCAAAGCCGAGCUCAGCCGCGCCCGCCUUUCAGCCGCCACACAGCUCACGGCUCUGCUGCGAGAACAGGCAGGUGUCGUUUCGCAACUCCUCCGCGUCCUCGAAGCGAAGCACGGCCCCAUCGCGCGGUCCCUUGAGUUCCGCGCCACCGAGGCAGCCUUGACAGCGCAGCGGCAGGAGGCCGAGGCUGAGACGACACUGUGGCUCGCCCGGCGCGAAACGUACACGCCCGAGGCGGCACGGGCCUUGGCAAAUUAUGCGAGUCACUUGCGGGACGCAAAAGGGCGGUUGAACGAGGCUAUCCGUACUCUCAGGGCGGAACUGGAGGCGUACGGGCUGGACGGAGACGACGCAGGGUCAAAUAAUGGGGAGAGGACUGGCAAGGAGAAGGUCAUGAGGGAGAUGGCACGGGUAUAUCGUGACAUGAGCCGACAGAUCGAGGAAGUAAGGACCGAUCUGGAAAGGCUAGGGCGAGCGUGACACCCCGUGCUGCUGGAGUCGAACGGGCAGUUUGGGAGAUGUGAAAUCCUGGCCUUUUGAAAAGGAUGACAUAAUUAGAAUUGACGCGUCCCAAAGGACAGGCUCAUUAAUGAAAGCAAGGUUUUACACAUUCUUCCU